GAAAGUGGAAGAUAUUAAUACAAAAGAAAACAACCAAACCUCCUCGAUGCAAAGUGUGGAGUUUCGCCUCCGAAAAGUCGAGGAGGCAUCUCAAGAUAUUCUCGCUCACCUAGCCGUCAUACACCGAUUUAUGGCGACGCGUACCAACGAAGAGUUACCGCCAAUACAAAUAGUUACCGAUCGCACAAGAAAAACAAGCGAAAGAUCCGAGGCUCCCUCGGAAGAGUCACAUUUAUCCGUACAGCCGGUUCGCAAGAAACCCAUACGAUCACUCACAGAAGUUCGUCCCGACGCGUACAUAUUCGACGACGGACUACAUUUUGAGGUAAGGCCCGUGGAAGAAGAAGACGAGACUAACGACGCGGAGACUUUUUCGGCUACAGGUAGCAGAAAACAGUUGAAUCUUUUAGAAGAGAGACAGAGAAGUAGUGAGUCGAAAACGUCGCUGGAAAGUUUGGAUGAAAAAGACGAAGUUCAAUUGUCGGCGGACGACUUGGCGGCGCUCAGUUUGGAUACGUUAAGGUGGAGAGCGGCGAAGCGGAGGAGGGAUUCUGCCGGUACUGGGCGGCGCAGUUCGGAUGGCGGGAAUGGAGACUCUUUACACGGCAGUCGCCCAGUUCUUGCCGUCCGCCAAUUUUCACAGACACAUUCAGAACCCGACAACAGCGAGCAUUCAGUAUUGGCCAACCUACCGAUGCGCGCAGGUACAGUGGAACGGAGCGUCACGUUUGCGGAACCGACGAUCACAGUUAUACCACCGACCACUGCGGGACAAAACAACGCUCGUAGUAUGCUAAUGGCCAUGCAUACGGAAUACACCAGCAUAACGGACGAACUCGAAACCGUCUGCGGAUUAUUAAGUCCGCCGAGAACGCCGAACCUUCUAUCGCCGCCGCGCCCCGGGCAAAACGCCACCGCCUUACCGUCACGAAGACGUCACACGUCUGAAAUGUCCAAUCCUGAAAUAGCGUUACAUAUCGAGAAAGAGCACCUUCGCGACGCCGAAGAAAGCGACUACAUGCUAAUGGAAAAUCUCAUACAAAGAAGGUACAUCGAGGACGACGUACCGAAUCCGGGCAUGCUGACGGUGGUUCGCGAAACCUGCGAACUUUACCGUACCCCUCUGCCUUUGAGAGCUUUAAGACGUUCGAGCGCGAUCGAAGACGACAUAGCCGGCGUUCCGCUUCCGGAGGACGGUCCAUCGACGUCCGGUCAAAAUGAGACCUUGCGCCAAGAUUCCUGCGACUCUAACACUUUAAGUGAGGCCGCUCCUCUCAUAAAUCAGUUACCACAAAGGCCCUCUAUUGUAAUUGAUUCUUCUCAGUUACCGUUUCAGAGAGAAGAUCUGAAAAAGGCCGACAGUAAGGGUAGUCUUCAUAUGCAAUCAGAAACGAUGUGUUAGGUUUCUAUCUCAGUUUGCUCAUUUAUUAGGUAUUGAGUUACCUACAAUAACGUAGACCGUAGUUCGCGAUGUAAAAACUAUAAUCUCAUUUUGGUAAUAUAGAAAAAAAGCCAUAUUCAUAUACUACUAAAAGUGUCUCAAGGACACUUUAAUAAUCUACAUGCUUAUAAAGCCGUUGCUCUGUGAUGAAAUAUUUAUUUACAUAUCAAAAACUCAAUAAUUUUAUUUUAUGAUUAACUUUUUAAACAUUAGGAUAAACAAAAAUUAACAUGUGUAAAUACAUCAGAACAAGAUUUUUACAAGAAGAUAUACAAAUUGACAUAUAAUUAUUUUAAUAGCCAAAAAAUGGCUUAACUAAAGUAUAAAAAGGUUUCUGCUGUUAAACUGCGAGAUAAUAAAAUAGUGCGCAUUUGUUUUGCUUUUUAAACAAUAGGUGGUGGUUAACUUGGGACCCAAUGGACUGGAACUAUAUUAACAGAUCUGUUUAUAUCGGAACUUUUUUUAUUUUGAGAAAACAUAGGUACUUAUGUUUUUUAGUUUAUUUUAUGUUUUUAGCAAUUAAACGCUGUGACCAAUUAUAAAAACAUUUUGGGUCAUUUGACUUAAUCAAGAGCCUAAUUAAGGUAGGUCUGAAAGAUGAUAAGACAUUUGGUUAUGUCCAUCACAUUUUUCCAUUUUUUUUCUUGAUUUUGGGCCAGUUGCAGGUAGGCAUGGCAAUUGCAUUUGGAAUUUUAUUUAUUCAGGCAAAUGAAAUCAAAAAAAGUAAAAAGUAAAAAAUGCUUUGUGCAUUAUUUUCGUGUUCUUUAUCAUACAACCUUUUUCUCCAGUCUUGUUUUUACAAUAAUUUGUUGGUGAUUUUGAUUAGGGCGUUGCAGCUCCAUAUGGCGGAGAGAUCAUUAUUAUUUUGAUAUGAUUUGAACCCCAGCUUAAUGUUUAGCAGGGGCACGGGCUUUUUUAUGAAUGCUCAUACUUUCUACUUUAUUCACUUCCAUGUUUUGCCUUGCCUUUUUUGAUUUAUCUGGCAAAAAUCAAAAAAACAGUCUUAAAUAACUAGCAUUUGACGAACGGGAUUCUGUACUUAAUAUAACCCUUGUAAAGAGUUACUUAAAUUGUACUUUAAGAAACUCUAAAACAAUUUGAGUAUUAUGCAAGUCAACUUAAAUGGCGUGUACUAUUGUGACAUAUCCAAAUCAAAAUUGUAUACAGUUGUGAAUAUGGCUAUUGGGUAUUUUUGUAACAAUAACCCUUCAUAUUAUCAUAUCCAGUCACACAAUAACUGUUAAUCGUCGAAGUAGAAUUUACAAACUGAUUAUUAUAAAACUAUCAGAUGCUUGUAGAUAUUUUAAGUCAUAACUUAUUUUUCUAAUACUGUAAGUAAAUAUCACUUUAUAAUCUAUCUCUUAUAUCGAUAAAUGGUAACGAAUCAAAUUUUUUAGAUUAAAGUAUUAAAAAAACAUAAAUUAAUUUUAUAUUGUAGGUAUAUUUUUUAAAAACAACUGACAAUAUAUAUCUAGUGACUAGUCUUUAAAGGCUGAUUUUUAUAUUUGUUGGUUCAUCUUCAAAAAAUCAGCCUCGAGUGAAUUAGGUAAUUGUAAAUAAAAAAAUUGGAAUUGAUGCUCAAUAGGAACUAUCGGAGCACCAAGGCAAUUGAAUUAGUUAAAUUUCUUUCUCUUUGUACUUAGCUUUAAGCAGUGUCUACAGCAAUAUUAUCUAAUUGUUACAAAAUCUCAAACUCACACAGCUCAUCGAUGAUCAAUUCAUUUUUCUGUUCUCAUACUUGCAGUGAAAAUGUGUCAUAUCAUCUAAUACCAACUAAUAUAGAACAAAUUAACUGCCUAUAUACACAAGGAUAGUCGUUGAGUGUAAAAAACAUACAUUAAAUUGUUAAUCGUAAAUUAGCUCUAUGAAUUGUAUCCUAUAUCGUAUCACAAAUCGCAUUCAGCAAACCGAAUGGAAAUUCAAUAAAGAACACAGUGGCAGUUAUACAAUUUCGUGAAUGAUUUUUACCAAUGACCAAAACAGAACCACCAUUUUAUAUCUUUAUGUAAAAUUGUAAAACAACUUUUGGUAUAAAAAGUGAUAUGUAUUGAAGAAAUAAAGCAAUGAUGAUUUUAAAUCUGUUA